AUGGUAAAAUUAAGACCUGUUUAUGAUAUGAGUUUUAUGUAUUAAUUAAUAUUUGUGAGAAAUAGAGAAAUCCAAUAAAUGCUUCUACUCCUCAGUCUCAAAAAUAAACGCAAUAUAGAACAUAGACUAGUAGUUAAACUCUCAUAAAUAACACCACCCCUUGGUUCGAUGGAUGGACUACCUUAAUUAUCUACUUAAGAUACUAAAAAAAAAUUUAUAAUUCCUCCACUCAACGAUUUGGACUAAUUUUAAUCUAGCAAUAAUAUCGAAAAGAAGUCUUCAAAUAAUCUUCCUUCAAUUGAUGAAUUUAUAUCCCCAUAAUUAGCUUAAAAAAAUAAAAAUAUGUUAAUAUGA